AUGAGGAUGGUACACCAAUGGCACAACCUUAAACAACUUGGCCAUGGAGGGAGGGCACACAACCUUGCUGGAGUUAACACUACAGCCAAAGGGGAAUUGGCUGUACUUUGCCCUGCAUGCCUGCAACCUGGCAAGAAUCUUCUGCCAGACUGGGAGCAGGAGCCUCUAUCUAUCAAGCUCAAGCAGAAGGUGGUGUCUUCUGAUGCUGCUGACCCUAGCCUCAAUGCUGGAUGGGCAUACUUUGUGGAGGAGCACAGAUAUAACACAUGCAUAAGCCACAAUGUGGUCAAUAUGGUGGAUAUCAAGUCCUCUUGUGGGCUUGCUGCCACAGGCAUUGGGACCAUCGACUGCGCCAGACAUGACAUGAAGCUUCCUAAUGGUGUGGGAGACCUUCAGAAGGGGGAACAGUACAUCAACAUGGACUAUAUUGUGUGUUUGGCACUCUUCAUCUUCACAAUGUCCAUGAUCAACAUCUCUUAUGACAUUGUGUGUCAGUGGCACAAGAGACUCUGGACUUGGAUGGAAACAAUGCCAGAAUACCUUUGCCCUCCCCAUGAAUCCUCACUUAUAUGUUUUUUUGUGCCGAAAUUUCACAUUCAAGCCCAUGUCUAUAAGUGCCACACCAACUUCUCUUUCAACUGGUUGAGAUAUGGUUGGUCCAACAUCAAUCGAGUGGCAUCAAGCACCAAAGAAAUGGGGCCUGGAACAUGGAGGGACACUCUGGAUGAUCACUUCAGUGAUUGGAACUGGAAAAAAAUAACAGCAUUAGGUGCAUAG